CUCUUCUCACUCGCUCGCUCACUACCGGUUUUAACUUUCUCUUCUCUCUCUCACGACUAAGAGUCCAGUAGCCCACAGAGAAAACAGAAAAAAAAACCAUAACUCUCUCAACUUUCACUCUUCAGACCACAGAGAUUUGGAGUCAGAGAGAAAGAAAGAAACAGCGUGCAAACAUCAUAUUUUUGCUUAUCGGAACCAUUAAUGCUUAUCAGCAACAAAGCGUGAACAGCGCCAGGCUCUCUCUUUGCUUUUUGCACGGACUUGUCUGGCGCCAGCAAACAAGCAAGCAUUAUCAAUCGAACUAAAAGAAAAAAAAAAAAAACUCCGAAGCUUUUGCUUUAAUUUGUUAUUUGGCGCGAACAGAGGAGGUGCCUAAAAUGGAGCUGAGUAAAGUAACUUUAGAGAUCUUCACGAAACUGGAACAGAAAUGGUUAUCGCACUGUGAAACUGCCAAGAAGAUUCGAAUCCUCAGCAUUGACGGUGGUGGAAACACCGGCAUUGUAGCUGGUGCCGCUCUUAUCCACCUUGAAGACCAGAUCCGUCUCAAAACUGGUGAUCCACAUGCUCAAAUUGCCGAUUUUUUCGACAUGGUUGCCGGCACUGGCAUUGGUGCUGUUCUUGCUGCCAUGCUCUCUGCCGACGAUGGAACCGGGCAUCCUCUUUUCACUGCUAGGGAAGCCAUCAAGUUUAUCACUCAAAAUAACUCCGAGCUCUUCAAAGUUAAUAAGCUCGCCGGAGUUCUUCACCGUCGGAAGAGAUUCUCCGGUAAGAGCAUGGAUAAAGUGCUGAAGGAAAUGUUUAAGAGAGAAGACGGAACGGUUUUGACACUCAAGGACACGUGCAAACCUCUCCUGGUUCCCUGCUUUGACCUCAAGAGUUCCGCUCCCUUUGUUUUCUCUCGCGCCGACGCUUCCGAAUCACCUAGCUUCAACUUCGAGCUUUGGAAAGUAUGCCGCGCCACGUCAGCCACUCCCAGCCUCUUCAAACCUUUCCCACUGACGUCUAUCGACGGCAAGACCUCAUGCUCCGCCCUGGACGGAGGUUUGGUCAUGAACAACCCUACUGCUGCGGCUGUCACGCACGUGCUUCAUAACAAGAGAGAUUUCCCAUCGGUUAAUGGCAUGGAGGAUCUGCUGGUUUUUUCGUUAGGCAACGGUCCGUUGUGUGGAAGGUCAAAGGUUCGUAAUAACAGCGAAUGCUCAACUUCUUCUGUUGUUGACAUUGUGCUCGACGGAGUAUCGGAGACAGUAGACCAGAUGUUGGGGAACGCUUUCUGUUGGAACCGGUCAAACUACGUUAGAAUUCAGGCGAACGGACUGGGGAGUGAAAGGAUGGUGGGGCCGAGAAUGGAGGAGGUAUUGAAGGAUAGAGGAGUAGAGUCGUUACCGUUUGGCGGGAAGCGGUUACUGACGGAGACAAACGGACAGAGAAUCGAGUGCUUUGUGCAACGCCUCGUUGCGUCCGGCAAAACCAGCAUUCCUCCAAGUCCGUGCAAGGAAUCAGCCGUUAGCCCCCUUACCAACGGCCGUUAAUUACUUUUUAUCCUUUCCUUUGUUUUUCUAUUUUUAACCGUUUGUAAGUUGUAACCACCCUCAAGUUUUACUUUUAACUGCCCAUAUUUUGUAGUAAAAAUAGCUGCUAAUUAGUAAAAUAUAUCCGUUGUGGCUGAAUUAACGCAGCUUAAUUAGUAGUGUUAAGUUAAUGAUUAAUUAAAUGACACGUCACUAUUAUUAGCAACAUUAAGUAUAUCUCUUUUAUGAUUACCUUUGGUGGGUGGAGCAAUAACAAAAUCAAAGAAUAUCAUGAGCAGCUAUUUGCUUCUAAGUACGUAUUAUUGUGUUUUCAAGUCAAAAUUUCAGUUUU